AUGCUCUCGAAAGCGCUCUUGUCAGCGGUGCUGGUCACAUCGGCCAGUGCUCUCUCACUUCCUCCUCUGAUUCCCUCCAUCCCUGGUGUCACUGAGCCUCUUUCGAGCAACGCUCCUCCUCUGCCUAUCUUGCAGGUUCCCACUCCUCCGCUUGAGAGUCCUCCAUUUGUCGGCAAUCAGCAGAUCAAGCCGAAGAAGAUUGGGUACUUCUGGACCGCUGCUGGAGACAACCAACACAAGGACUUCCUGGCCACGUACUCGCUUGACGAUGAUACUUUCGGUACCCUUCUCUGGGUUACCGAUGUCCCGUCGAGUGGGAACAGUCCGCAUCAUCUGGGAACGACCUUGGAUGGGAAGACGCUGGUUGGUGGAGGGCUUCUGUCUCUCUUGAAGACUCAGGACACGGCGUACUACUUCGACACCACCAACCCGUACCAGCCGAAGUUCAAAAAAAGUAACCGUGGCGUGCUCUCGUCCAUCACGGACGAGAUCCGCGCUAAGCCCGAUGGGGGCUUCUUCAUCACCUACAUGGGCUCUGCUGUAGGCUCUUCUCCAGGCCGCCUCGUCGAGACCGACGCAAACUUCAACAUCAUCCACGAAUGGCCCGAAGACGUCUCCUCCACGCUCAAUAUCCUUGGCGAGCAAUUCUCCCCCCACGGCCUCUCAAUCGACUGGAACAAGAAAAUCAUCCUAACCUCCGACUUCGUCGUCCCCGUAACGAUCCUCAAGCCCGCUUCAGCCCUCGGCAUCCAACGCGCCAACACACUCCGCCUCUGGGAGCUCGAUUCGCGCAAGAUAAUCUCCACAAUCACCAUCCCCAACGGCCAGGGCAUCCAAGACGUCAAGUUCAUCCCGGGCAACGCCGAAUCCGCCGCGCUCGCGACAGCGGUGGGCCCCGGCCAAGUCUGGAUCAUCUACCCGUUCCGCAAGAACGCGCAGGGCCAGCAAGGCGUCGCAGAGCUCCUCUUCGACCUCGGCCCCCGGGCGCGCGACAACCUCGCCAUCUACAGCGACAUUUCCGACGACGGCAAACUCGCCUACUUCACCCUCACACUCGGCAACCACGUCGCCGCGCUCGACAUCAGCGAUCUCGCGCACGUCAAGCGCCUCGACGACCCGGACGCGGACCAGGGCAUCGUCGGCCCGCACUACGUCAAGAUCUCGCCCGACAAGAAGAACCUGCUUGUCACGGACUACUUUGUGCAGACGGGCGAUAUCGGCGUCGUCAACACGCCGGCGGACUUCAAGGCGCAGUGGAUUGAUAUCCUGAGCGAUGGGAGCUUGAGCUUCAAUCGCAGCAUCAACUUCCCGGCCGAGUUUGCGAAUCGGGGCGGGGCGAAGCCGCAUUCGGCGGUCAUCUUUGAUUUGUCCGAUCCCGCGCAUCCGAAGUAUUACUGA